GUCCGGGAGGGGGGGGCGGGGAGGAAGAUGCGGCUCCUUGCUUUAGGUCUGUAGCCGUGGGUGAGUCGGCGGAGGAGGGAGAGGGAUGCGGUUGAGAUUGUUGAGAUGCGGUGGGUGGGGCACCUAGGUUGAUCGGUUCGCUGGAGGAGGAGCCGGAGGGCGUGCUUCUCUUCUCAUCGGCAAAGUGCCGUCGUUGUUGGGAGAGGUAGCGGCGUUGUAUGCAAGUCAGAGCUUGCCUUGGUCCCUGGAUGGUCGGCGCGACUGCAUGUGGGCAAGCUGAGGCCGGUGGUGAAUGUAGAAAUAUGGAGCGCGCUGCAUGUCUCAGCAAUGGUUGUCGCAUAUCCAGGCGUAGCCCGGGAGAGGGAUUGACGGAUUGAAGAGCGAGAUGAGAGGUGAGGUGUGGAAUGUGAGGUAUUGUUAAAGAAAAGAUACUAUAAGUCAGAAGAAUAAAUCGAACAUCGGACGGAGAGACCAAUGGAAUAGCCGCUGAUGUACCUUGCACAACAAGUUAGUAUGUGUACGGGUACCUCUGCGUACCUUUCCCGUCACCACAGGACACUCCCUUCACCGCCUCCGUAAGUGGUAGCACCCUUGCACCCCGCGGCCGAUCAUGCACCUGCCCGCGACUAUAUAUCAAAUAUUUCAUCAUUUGUCCCGUCCCCCUUCCCAACUUAUUUAUAUGUUUAUUUCCCCCCCCUCGAACUAUAUAAACAGCUGCAAACAAGGCUGUAUCCCAUCACUUCAAUCCCACCAUCGCAUCACCAAACCGCCCCCAUGGGCUCCUCCACCCCCGCGCAACUCCCCGCCAUGGCAACCAGCCCCAGACACAUCUUCUUCACCGACUUCGACGGGACCAUCACCUCGCGCGACUCCAACGACUACAUGACUGACAACCUCGGAUUCGGGCAGCCCCCCCGCCUCGCCCUCAACCGCCAGGUCCUCGCCAACGAGAUCACCUUCCGCUCCGCCUUCAAGCAGAUGCUCGAUUCGAUCCCGACGCCGUUCGAUCAGUGCACGAACAUCCUGCUUGAGCGAAUUGAGCUUGACCCCGGGUUUCGCGCGUUCUACGAUUGGGCGAAGGCGAAUAAUGUUCCCAUCGUCAUUCUGAGCGGGGGUAUGACGCCUAUUAUUCGCGCGCUGCUGGAUAAGCUGCUUGAUGAGGAUAGUAGCUGGAUGCAGAUUGUGAGCAAUGAGGUCGGUGCCCGUCCGGGGAAGAGCAUCAAUGAGGAGAAGGGAUGGGAGAUUGUCUUCCAUGACGAGACCGGCUUUGGUCACGACAAGAGCAGCACAAUCCGUCCCUACGCCGCCCUCCCCGCCGACCAGAGACCAACUAUGUUCUACGCCGGUGACGGAGUCUCCGAUCUCUCCGCCGCUAAGGAGACUGAUCUCCUCUUCGCCAAGAAGGGCCAUGACCUAGUAACCUACUGCGUCAAGCAACACGUCCCCUUCUACGAAUUCGAAGACUGGACCACCAUCCUCACCCAAGUCCAAAGCAUCGUCUCCGGCGCCAAGAGCGUGAAGCAAGUUUCCGCUGAAGGUGUUGAGGCGUUCACUGCUGCGCUGAAGGCUUAAUAUCCCUCAUAGCCGCCUCAUAUCUCCCAACCACUUCGUAUCUCGUUUAGAGAGUAGAUGGGCCGGACGAGGUAGAGUAGAUGAGCGGACGAAGGAUGGGCGAUGAAUGGGGGUGAUUGACAACCGAAAAACUGGAUUUAGACGGCGGAUUGGGGGUAUAGAGGUUCUUCAUUUGGAUCCUGGGCCAUUUAGAGGGUAGAGGUAGACAAGACACCCGAUUGGUUAUAAAUAGACAAACAUUUGGUUUCUCUG